AUGCCUGUCAGGUUUUCGUAUGAAGAUCUACGCGUUGCAACCAAUGAUUUCAAGGAAACACUAGGAAGAGGAGGCUUCGGGUCUGUAUUCGAAGGAGUACUUGCAGAUGGAACAGGAAUUGCUGUGAAGCGUUUGGAUAAAUUAGGCCAAGGAAAGAGGGCGUUUUUAGCAGAAGUUGAGACGAUUGGAAGUCUGCACCAUUUUAACUUGGUAAGGUUGAUAGGAUUUUGUGCAGAGAAAUCGUAUAGGCUUUUAGUAUAUGAGUACAUGAGUAACAGCUCAUUGGACAAUUGGAUUUUUAAGAAAAUACAAGGAUCUUCCCUAGAUUGGCAGACACGAAAGAAGAUUAUACUUGACAUAGCAAAAGGGCUGGCGUAUCUUCAUGAAGAAUGCCGGCAGACCAUCAUGCACCUGGAUAUAAAGCCGCAGAACAUACUCUUGGAUCCAAAUUUCAAUGCCAAAAUCUCCGACUUCGGGCUAUCUAAGCUGAUUGAUAGGGAGAUGAGCCAAGUUCAACUCUCAAUGAGAGGAACCCCUGGAUAUCUUGCUCCAGAAUGGCAUCAAGCAUUAGGUCACAUUACAGUAAAAGUUGACAUAUACAGCUUUGGAAUUGUACUACUGGAAGUAGUUUGUGCACGCAGAAGCGUUGAUCACUCGCAACCAGAGUCUGCCUUCCAUUUGCUUAGAAUGUUGCAGAACAAAGCUGAAUACAUUUUGGAAUUUUUAGACGAAUAUAUGCAGAGUGAUAGAGAUGAAAUAAUCAGGAUGAUAAAGAUUGCUGCUUGGUGUUUGCAGGAUGAUCCAGAAAAAAGGCCUCUCAUGUCAACAGUUGUAAAGGUGUUGGAGGGUGUCAUGGAGGUAGAUUCAAACCUGGUGUAUAAGUUUUCACAUGCACUGGCACCACCUCCUGUUGCUGAUGACUAUAUUCUUUCAGCACCGCCACCAGCAUCAGUUCUUUCUAAUCCUAGAUGAUGUUGUAAAGAUCUUCCAUUUUUGCUAGCGAAAAAAAUUAUCAAACUUGUCAUCACUUAAACUACUCUGGUCUCAAUCAUGUCAUUUUAACCAAUGCAUAUGUUGUUUUGAGUGGCUGAUUUUUGUAGUAACAUUCAUAAAUUAAGAUUUGAGGAGUUGUUUGAAUUUGUAAACCAAUCAUCAAUGAGCUGUGGUAAGGUAACAUAACAAUUCUUCUAUGGGCUGUCGGGUUCAGUGAUGUUAUCAAGUAACACAACAGGUUCGAUCA